CAGAAGUGCCUAAUGCAGUACAGUGGGCGCGCGAGCUAAUCACUAAUCAGUAAUAACUAUCAUAGUAUUGUCACUGUGCAGAUGAUCAGCCGCAGUGAUCAGUGAGUACAGCGCGCGCCGGCGGGGAGCUCAGCUCAGCGACUGAUUAUUGAUUAUUGAUUGGUGAUAGAUAAGGCUGCAGGCCGCAGUGGAGACCCCGGCAUGUCUGUGGAGGGGCUCAGCGCAAACCAGCGCGCGCACAGGACGAGCUUUGACUCUCUCAUCGCCGGUCGGGCUCUGAAGAAGCGGAGGCUGCAGAGUGAUCAGGAGCUCCAGCAGGCGGCGCUGCAGCUCAUCUCCCACAACAAUGACCUCUCUGAACUUAUGCUGGAGACUAGAGCUGGCCCUCAGGAAAGGGGAGGAGUCUGUGAUCAUACUGACGAUGUUCAGACUGCUGGAAAGAUUACAGGGUCACUUCUGGUAGGUGAGUUGCAGAGGCAGGCAGGUGAGCUGGGGGUUCCAGUGGGGGUCCUGUGUGUGAGGGUGUUGACGGAGAAGCUCACAGGAAUAAACAUGCAGGGGGACAGAGAGAUGGCCAUGAUCAAGCCUACUCAGAGGGCUAAGCUAAUCGUGAUUCUGCAGGCGGUGCAGGAACUGCUGGGUUUGUUCAGCCCCAAACUGCUCUGGCAGCAGUACUGGAAAACACAGCCAGUACUGGAGGUGGUGUUCCAUCUACACAGGGAGAAGAUCCUACCACUAGAGUACACACUGCACAGUGAUCCUGCAGUGUGUGAGUGGUUGGUGUGUCAGUUACAGGGUGUGUGUGAGAGCAGAGUGAGUGACCCGGAAGACACGGAUGUUAGAAAACAGAUUCUGUCCAGUGUGGUGUGUGUGCUGGUGCGAGCUGGGUUUGAGGAGGGACAGGAUGCAGCUGUACCUCAGUCCUGCUGUUCGGUGCUGGACCACAUGCUCUCCUGGCAGUUGGAGUCUGUUGGAGAAACAGAGUGCUCUCGGUCUGUUCCGGCUGCUGGAGUUUGGCUCCAGGUGUUUGACCCAUCGCUGUUUGGGGUUUCUGUGUCUGAGGAGGUGCUGCGAUGCUUUUUCAUACACUCCCUUACACACAUCUUCACACACCGGCCUCGGCUGAAAGUGUCGGACGCCAUCUCAAUGCAGAGCCAGUGGAGCUUCACUAAAACCCCGCCUCUGCUCACAGCCCUCUACUCUAAGGUGUGUGCGCUGUUUCAGGUGGAGGAAGUGUUCGCUCACCUGCAGCAGGUGUUGGAAACUCAUGAGGUGAACUGGCAAAACGUUCUUUCCUGUGUGUCCACACUGCUGGUGUAUGACAAACGCACACAAAGCUGCCUAAAAGAGCUGCUGUACAGGCUCCUGACUGCAGCGUUUGAGACGUAUGAUAUGGAGAGGAUGAUCACAGGGUUCCUGUUGGCUCGCCAGGCUGCGCUAGAGGGUCCGGCUGUGUUCCCCUCCUACAGAGACUGGUUUAAGAUGGCUUUUGGCGGGGCCAGCAGUUACCACAGCAAUAGCAAGAAGUCGUUGGUGUUUCUGUUGAAGUUCCUGUCGGACAUUGUUCCGUUUGAGCCCCCUCAGUAUCUAAAAGUGCAUGUGAUGCAUCCUCCUCUGGUGAUGGUGAAGCACCGCUCCGUGCUGCAGGAGUACGUGGCUCUGGCGCGGACGCGUCUCUCUGAUCUAAAGGUGUCUGUAGAGGAGAUGGGACUGUAUGAGGUGGUCUCUGGUAAUGUGGCUGAGGAGCAGUGUCCAGCUCAGCAGGAUGUGGAGAAGGCUGUAGCUCUGUUUGAAAGUACAGGCAGAAUAUCUGCUACAGUGAUGGAGGCCAGUAUUUUCAGGCGACCAUAUUUUCUGUCCCGGUUCCUCCCUGCUUUGUUGAAACCACGAGUUCUCCCAGAGGAACCGGACUACAGGAUGAACUUCAUUGAAUCUCUUAGGAAAGCAGAGAAGAUACCAGUGGCUCUGUACUCGUCAUACAUAGAGUCAUGUCUAAGACAGAAGCACACACACAUACAUGGUGUUUGUAGCUCCCUUGACCAGAAGGAAAAUCCCCUGCUGACCGUUCAGACUCAGUUACUGGAGCUGAGGCGAUUGCUGUCUGCAGCAGCUAGUGAAGGAGAUAUUCGAGCUCAGUUGGCCCUCGUUUCUUACACUCUCAGCAGUGUGUGGGCUGAGGGGCCGGAUAGUUCAAGCGCAGACACUGUUGUGACACUGGCCUUGGACCAGCCUCCUCCAUCACACACCACUGCUGCGGUGGUGAAUCUUAUUCUGCAGAGUUUUUGUCAGUGUGUUCUGGAGGCGUGUAGAGUCAGCCCACCCAACAGACAUGUUCAGUGGGCAGGCCAGUUUGUGAAGGUGUUGGUAGGGCACACUCAGCUUUACUCAGCGCUGCUGCAUCGACUGUUCCAACUACUGCACUCUCAGGGUCCAUCUUUGGCUGGUUCUCAUGUUCUGGGUCUGGCUGUGCUCCUGGUGGAGCUGCAUGCGUGUAGAAGUGUGUGUUCUCCAGUCAGACUGAGCUCCACACACUCCUCCUCUUUCUCUCCAGCCGAGGCUCUGAGCACUACCCUGCCCAUCUCCACCAAACACCACAUGAACUUCUCUCUCCGGUUGUGUGUGGCUGCUGUGUGCUAUGCUGUGUGUAGGUCCUGCUUUCACACUGAAGAUCUCUCACACUUCAUCCCCCCCAAUCUCUAUAGGCAGCUGCUGUUCCUCAUGCCCAGGCUCAUGCCAGACAUGCGGCCAUGUGUGUUAGCAGAGGUAAAUGCAGAUGUGUGCAGCGAGGAAGAAAAUGAAAUGGAGUAUGUGUCCACUUGGUCAAAUAUUGUUGACCCCAGUGUGUGUGUGAGAAGCUCAGCCAGAGCGCUGUGGGCGCACAACACUGUCCGGAAGCUGCAGAACCAUCUGAAAUACCAGCUGUCCUUUUCACAAUGGUUGAGGGCUGAGCUCCGAGUGCAGCGCAGUGUGGACGCUCUUACUGAUACAGAGAGGCAGGUAUAUGAGCGCUGGGUGUGUCAGCAGUGGUUUCUCCCACGAUGUGUGAGCUCUGGAGGCUGUGGAGGAGACUUGGAAACUGCAUGCAGAGGCAUCGUCACUGCUCUGCUGGAUACAGGCAUCCUGCCGGUGCAGUUUCCCCGUGCCCCCCCUCACAUAGACAGCUGCUGUACAGACAUCCUCUCCAGACUGCAGGAGCUACUGUGGGAGCUGCAGUGUUCUAGGCUAGGAAACAGAACGGUGAGAGAAGAGGGACAUUUCCUCUGGGAGAUAAUAAACCGCACCUGCACUGACCCCUCAGACUCAUCAGACCCUGAAAGCUUGAACAGAGACCUGCAGUUACAGAGAUCAAUGCACGCCUGUAACAGUGUGUUGUUGGCGGUCCCGGCUGUAGUGCUGGUAGGAGUGCAGUUUAUUGGGGGGAGGAGUGUACUGGACUGUCAUGCUCUAAUGGAGAACAUUAACACUCAUCAGAGGAGGGUUUGCUCUCCAGCUGGUGUUCUGACCUGUUCCCUCACGGCUCACUUCCUCACAGCUGUGUUCAGUGCGAGUGUGAGGUGUGAAUCUCCUGCUGAAGCUGUGAACUUGGCUCUGUCUCAGAUCAGCAUGCAGUGUCCCCUCCUACUGCUGUCUGCUGGGCGCUGGUGGAGGUGUAUCUCUCCUGUGAUUUGCUCUUUGUGGGGGAGAAUGGUUGGGGGAGAGGAGCCUGCACUGCUACACCUACUGAACACCUGCCAUGAAUGGGCCAAUGGGUCUGCAGACGGUCUGUUAGCUGUUCCCUCGGCUCCUGCUCCGCUCCUGGCUGUGUGUUUAUACACUACGUUCCAAAAGCAGGGUGGUGACACUAAGCAUAUUACAGCAAACCUUCCACUAUCUGACCACAACCGAGAGGUGCUGGUUUACCUGCUGUUCUUCUAUUUAACAGACUUCCUCUCAGCGCACCUGAAACCCCAGGUUGAUAAGGUUUUGAAUCACUCCAAAGAUGUCAGCGUCCACCUUUUGACCCUGUUGGUAGAUUAUUUUGAUUGGCUUUCACUUUUCCACCAAUCACAAUCUGAGCACAUCAUCUACCGCUGCAUCGCCAAGCUGACCCCGGAUACACUCCUCCGACUGAUGCCUUUUGCCCUUUUCAGUGUUUUGGCAGAAGUAGACCAGUCUGUGUUGAUUCGAGCGGCAAAAGCUCCUGCGUUCCUUCACACAGUAGUGAUGUCAUACACCGCCCUACUGAAGCUUUUUUUGCAUGGACACACGGACACCUGUAGCUCAGGGAAACCCCAUCAGAUUCUGUGUAAAGGUCAGAAGAUCUUGCUAAAGAGCAUCAGUCUGAGUCGCCCUGGCGCUCUCUCUCACAGCCAGCAGAGCCAGCUAGAGGCCGAAUGUACAGAGCUGGAUCCUGAAGUGGCUGCUGCACUGCACAUGCUGCAAUCCCACAACCUUGGCUUAGACGUCUGACAGGACAGAGAAGACACUUUACACCAGAGGUCGACUUGAUAAAUCAGCUGGUUGAUGAUGAUAAUUGGGCUGAUGACCUGCAGUUUGUGUGAGAAUAUAACAGUAUACUGUUCUAACGGAGACACACACUUAUAGAUAAUGAUAUGACAAUAAUAUAUACUGGAGAACUGGAACACUAAACUCAAUCAUACCUAUAAAAAAACAUACAAAUGCAAUAUCAGCAUCAGAGAAACGUUAUAAUACAGAAACACUGCUGCAGUAUUGUAAUGUUUAAGGCUGUACGUUCUGACUUAUCUUUCAGUUCUGAUAAUCAAUAGGGUAAUAUUUACUGUUAUAAUUUGUGAUGUACAAUUAAAGUACACAGUUUGACACAGUAAUCUGGUUUCACUGAUCACAUUUAUUUGUGUGCAGAUAUUUUAAUGUGUUUAGGCUUGAAUGCUGCUCUGCUUCAAAUGUAGAACUAGACUGAAUCACCAGUGUUCGUUUAAAUUCAGCAGAUGGUUCAGUGAGUCCCCUUUAGUCCGGUACAGUUAACCCUGACAAUGGAAGAAAUUGCCGUGUUAGGACUUACAGAUAUGAAAAAAUAAAGUGUGUGUUUUUAGUCAGAUGGAGUGUAUGAGUAAUUAAUCUUAUUUAAAACUGAGGGCCAUGUCUCACUUUUCAGUAACUGUCUCUCCAUGUGUCAGCAGGGAUAACUUUUUUUUCUGGUGUGCUGUAAAAUGCAUGAUGAAUGAAAUAAAUGAUGAUAA